ACCAUUCACCACAUCGAUCUGGCUCUAAGUCCUGCAGUUCCAAACCCCCCAAGCAAAAGCCAAUAACCUUGAGCUGCAGCUCCAUUGAUUUCCUUCACAUUUCUGCAGCAAGCAAAGAUCCUGCAGAGGAAUAAGGCAGGGGAGUGUUGUGAAGGAGAGCAAGUACACUGUGCGCUGGUAAGGAAGGAGUAGGAGAUGGAUGGGAGCAAGUACAGACAAAAGGGGUAUGGGAUGGCCGGCGCCGGCAAUAGACUCCCCUGUGUGCUGUUCCUGUUGGUGGUCCUUGCCGCUGCCGCACUGAGCGUCGUCGUCAUGCACAAGGCGAGGGAGCAGCGCGCCUUUGCUGGGCUUCUCCGGGAACACGACCAGCAGGCCGCCUACCUCCGGAUGCUCCUACAGAAAGAGAAGGCAUAUAACAAAGAGACGAAGAGGAAGGGGGAAGAAAUGAAAGCCACGAUAUCUUCCCUAAGAACUCAAAAGACAGACCUGAAAACGAAGCUCAAGGGGCUGGAAGCCAUAGUCGCAAGUCUUAAGGACAUGCAGAAAGAACUCGAAGCGUCUCUCAAGGAGAGAGAGAGCCGCAUCAGCCAAAUGGACGAGAAAUCCAGAAAUCUUCAUAACACGCAGAAAGAACUAGAAGUAUCUCUCAAGGAACGAGACAGCCGUAUCAAACAAAUGGAAGAGAAAGCCACAAGUCAUCAGAACACUCAGAAAAAACUGGAAACAUCCCUCAAGGAGAAAGACAGACGCAUCAACCAAUUGGAAGAGAAAGCGACCACAGGCUCAAACCCUGACCAGAUGGCAGCUCUGAUGGAGAUCCUGCAGCAGAAGGAAGCCGAGCUCGAAGAAAUCAAAACUAGGUUCCAAGAUUACAGGGCAAACAACAGAAAGGUUGUAACUAGUAAGAGCAGUCUAGCACAAACAAACAAUGGUAACACAAGACCAGUCGUUGUAGUGGCAGGAAAUGUUACAGACUCCAGAAAUACUACCAUGCCUGCUACGUCAGAAGAAAAGAGAUCUGGCAACACCACCAUUACAGAAAGCAAACACGAGAAACAAAAGGUCAGAUCUUUAGAACAAAAGCAGGUGAAGGUCACAGGCAACACAGACGAUGAUGACUUGCAAGAUGGAACCAGUGAUCUUUUUUUAGAUAUAGAUGAUAUUUAUGGAGACAAUCAUGCCAGGAAGCCUGAAUUUCCUCAGCGGAACAAGAAGUUUUUGACCAACAGUCAUGUCGACAACCAGUAUUCAGGACACUCCCUGGAUCAGGACACCGAACGUGUCACAUACAACAAGCUGCUGGAGAAGGAAAACAGCAAAGCAGAUGAAACUAAGAACAACAGUACUGAUGGGCACUUGGAAAAACAAUCCAAAGACAGCUUAAUUGCUGCCAGCCUAAAUAGAAAGAAAGAAGCAUCAAAAGAGAAGCCUGGUGCUGCUGAUGUGAAGCCCAAGGUGCCAGUAAAUGAUGAUGGAACACAACAGCAAAACAAGAAGCAGAAGAAGAAAAGGUCCAGAUCCAAGAAGAAGAUGGCCGAUGGUGCAACCAUUAAUGGUGAAGGAGAAGUUACCAAAUAAAAGGGGAGUAUGGGCCAAAUUGAUACCAGUGUGAGUUUCUGGACCUAGAAAGGUUACUGGACUACAAUGGUAGUACGGCUUAAGAGAACCUCCUGAUUACUUGAUAGAGGACAAGAGAAAUGACAUUUUCAUAUGUUGAAAUGCAUUGGAGAAAUGAAGGCAGAGAGUACAUGAGCAAAUACAUUGAUCUAUUUAUAGCUCAUAGAAGCACAUAAGUCAGUUUUCUACAGUAUCAAAUAUUGGUUUUGUUUUCAAGCAAUCGACACUAUAAUUUUCUUACAUUAUCUUCUAUUAGAAAGAAAGUUUGCACGUAGUA